UUGUUUAAAAAUAAGAAUUAUUGAUUUUUUACAGUCACACUCGUGCUUUAAUGUCGUCGAUAUUGACUCAUUAAAAUGGUUUGUGUGAAAUUUGUUUUAUAUGUAUGUAUAUGCACAUAUAUUCGCUUUGUUUUCAUAUUUUUGUAUAUUUUGUUUUUAAAUUUUAAACAUAUGCUGGUCUAGUCGUUGGCUUGAUUUACACAGCAUCUGCCUGCAGCUGAGUUAAUAAAAGUUAUCGAUUUUUAUAUAAUUGUUGUUAUUGUAGUUAACAUUCGGCUGCAAUGUGGCCAAGACGCUGUUGUUACUUAAUUCGUCAUUGAAAAUUCUAGUGAAGUGAAGAUUAUAUAUAAGGAAUAAAUCAACAUAAACCAGCUAGGAUUCCAAAACAAAGACGAUAAAAAUAAUACAAAUAACUAAAAAUACUGUAUGAUGGUGUGAAUAUGAACUGCAAGAUAACCGUAUAUCUACAUCUGUAGCUUCCCCCAAGCAUACAAUUUCACAAAAACGAAACCAUUCACAACUUCAUCGUUUAAUGCAUCAUAGUUUCACUACUUUUAUUUUUGUUCCAUCAUAUUAAUUGGUCUAGAGUCUAGACAGACCAACAGAAAUCAAUAAGAUUACCCAUCUGCACAGUUCAUAUAAAAAACUAAACAAAAUUAUUCAAACAAGUGAAGAUAAAUUCAGGCCAUGCCAUCGUUGAGGCAAAAGGUCACAACGUAUUUUCGUCAAUUAAGUUUCAUUGCAGAGCCUCGUGAUGGACAAAGAAGUUCACGUAAAACUGAAGAUGAUGGCAAUUUCAUAAUUAAAUAUUUGGAGGGUCGCAUGAAUCGCAUUUUUUCCCCAUGUCCCGAAAUUUUUAAUGGACAAAAUCCCACAGAUUUGCCGGAACUAAAAAUUGGAUCAUACGCUACUGGACCAGUAACAAUUACUGCCGCCUGUACAGGUCCCGAUGAUGGUCUUACCGGAAUAAAACGCUCAAAGUUGCAUUUAACCGCCAACUAUGCGGAUGAUAUAGAUUUUAUAGAUACAAUACAAGAAAGCGAUUGUUUUGAAGUGCGAAAAAGUAUCACAACCAAUCGUAAUCACAGUAAAUUAAAUCGCUUCAAUGGGUCAAGAAAAUUAAGUAAUGGUGCGAUCACGCCCACAAGUGAUCAAAAUGCGAAUAAAAUGACGGGCAUGCGUUCACGCAAAAACUCUAAAACAGGUAUAGCCAACCUUAGUCAAAAUAUUAAUUCAACAACCACCAAAGACGCAACAAAGACUACAUCGAUUACAUCAAGUAAACGAGCCGAAGAAAAUUCAAAUGCCGCAACCACUAUAGUGGUUAGCAUGGUUAGCACAAAGACAACGCACAAUGCUCCAACCAUCGCCACCCAUGAUGCCAAUGACCAGAAUAACAAAAAUAUUUUGAAUGGAAAGACUGAAUUUCUUGGUAACAAGGAUGUAGAGUCUCAUACAAAAACAACACUAACAAAUUCCGCAACUGUGCAGACAAAAGAUACAAUGCCGUUAAAAUCUGGUUUUAGUAAUUUAGGCAGUGCAGAGACAACAAAUAUUCUUGAAGCUACAAGGGAACGAUUGCUACGCGAAGCUGUUUCCAAUCAAGCCGCUGUCGCUUGUAAUAGUGGUCACAGUGACAUGUUUACAGAUUCAAUAGCCAGCGUAUCCAAUUGGAAAAUGGAAACUGACUACGCUUAUGGCAUAUCGGUUUCGUUAUAUGAGAAUAAUAUAUUAACCAAGGAACCAAUGGGUAACCCAAUUGCAGAUUGUUAUGGUAUGGUUGUGCACGGCGAUGCUGUUGCUAUGGCGCUCGCAGACGGUGUAAAUUGGGGUGAUGGUGCUCGCUUAGCAGCACGUUCAGCUGUACAUGGCUGUUUAGAUUAUUUGGAUCGUGCAAUAUUCGGUUUAUCACGCGAAUGCGUGGCUACAUCAACACAUGAAGUGUUUAUCAGUCUUCUACGUAGUUUGUGGGAAGGACAUGGAUGUAUAUUGGAAGUUGGUGGGGCAUUAAGUACACUAACAAUUGCAGUAGUGUUGCCUUUAGCCGACAAUCAGCAGGAUGAGUACACUAAAAAAUAUGUUGUGUGCGCAUGUAAUGUAGGUGAUUCAUUAGGAUAUGUUUAUUCAAAAAAAUAUGGUGUGCGAGAAUUCACACAAGCCUCCCAUGAUAUUUCGUCUAUGCGUGAUAUGAGAGAUGCUUUAGGUGCGCUUGGUCCAGCUGAUGGCAAUAAACCCGAGUUAAGCAAUUUAACAUUAUCCAUGACGAUUGUCGAGAAAGGUGAUAUUGUUUUUUUAACAUCCGAUGGAGUAAGUGAUAACUUUGAUCCUGUUGUUGGGAAAUUUGCUGAAGCCUGGACACCUGAUGUUAAGUUAAUGUCGUCAUCUCUACUCUAUGGACGGACUGGGCAUAUUGGUGUACUUGCACCAAAGCGACAAAACAAGAGUACUUCAGCUGUAUAUGCGCACUUGCAUCGCGGAUGUGAAUCCAAUUCACCAAUUAUGCCACCUGUUCGACCACCACGUACUAAAAAGUCAAACUUACAGGAAAUGGAAGCAACUGCCUCUGGCAAUGCAGCACCUAGCCGUCCAAAAUAUAUGCGCUCACAAACAGUAAUAGAACCACGGCGCCCUUCGUCUGCAGGAAAUUUGUCUUCCAGACCACUUAGUCCUACACAACCCCCUAAAAUACCAAAAUCAGUUACGGGCUUGCCAUUGGUGACAGGACCACAGAGACACGCAUUAACCCUUUAUCGACUUGAAGACUUACUUAGCUAUGGCAUAAAUGGUACUUUUUCUCCAUGUGUAUCAGCACGACGUCUAUGUCAUUUAUUAAUUGAUUUUGUACGCAUGAUUACAUCGGCACGGCGUAAAACAUUAGAGCAACGAGAACUAUUUUACAAACUAGCUACCGGGCCUGAUGGCGUUAAACGUGAAGUGGAAUUAAAUCGUAUGCAACAUCGUGCAGCACGUAAACGGAUUGUGGAUAGUAAUGCAUUUGGAUCAUUACCUGGAAAAUUAGACCACGCCACGGUUUUAGCAUAUACCAUAGGUGGUGCUGGUGGUGGUACAACAACAACAGGUGAUAGCUGUUUACAGCAGACUGGACAGGCAUCAAUAGAGCCAACUACAGAUUUGGAGAUAAUAGAAACUAAAGAAUUUCAGGAAACAAAUUUUUAAGCCUAAUUAGAGAAAUAAGUUUAACUAAUGGAAUUGGCCGAAUAGCCUAAAGUCGAUAUGUCAUAUUUUUUUAUAUAAAGUGCAAUCAAAGAGCUUUUUUAUUAGUUUUUUAAAAUAAACAUUUUUUAAAUAUUAUUAUACACAUAUAUAUUUGUAGACAUCACAUUAUAAUGGAUAAGAAGAAUAUUUUAAUAAUGUAAAUGUUUUUAUAAAAAUUGAAUAUGAUGGCCUGAAUGUUUUAAACUACCAAAAGUUUUUAAAAGUUACCAAACAAUUAUAUAUACACUCUUUCAUAUUCAUCGAUAGUAUAUACACAUAUUUAUUUUCGUAUUUACAUACAUUAAUGUAGAUUAGUCCUCGUAGUGCUUAAAAGUAAUUUACUUUCAUUAUGUUUUGUAUUUUUAGUAUAGAUAUGCGACAUUGAACUACAUAUAUAAACCA